CCUCCGGGCUUUCCGUUCUCCAGGCCCGGCUGACAGAGUUAGCUGAGGCCGCCAUAUUGACUUAGCGACCCGGCCUCCAAGGGGGUACUUGUGGUCCAGACAGUUUAGCAGAACAGCCUUCGCGGCUCCGGGGAGAAGCAAUAUGUUGAGGAUACCUGUAAGAAAGGCCUUAGUAGGCCUUUCUAAAUCUCCUAAAGGAUGUGUUCGAACAACUGCCACAGCAGCAAGCAACUUGAUUGAAGUAUUUGUUGAUGGUCAGUCUGUCAUGGUGGAACCGGGAACGACCGUCCUCCAAGCUUGUGAGAAGGUUGGCAUGCAGAUCCCUCGAUUCUGUUAUCAUGAAAGGUUGUCUGUUGCUGGAAACUGCAGGAUGUGCCUUGUUGAAAUUGAGAAAGCCCCCAAGGUUGUAGCUGCUUGUGCCAUGCCAGUAAUGAAGGGCUGGAAUAUCCUAACAAACUCAGAAAAAUCCAGGAAAGCCAGGGAAGGUGUGAUGGAGUUCUUAUUAGCAAAUCACCCACUGGACUGUCCUAUUUGUGACCAGGGAGGUGAAUGUGAUCUGCAGGACCAGUCCAUGAUGUUUGGAAAUGAUAGGAGCCGAUUUUUAGAGGGGAAGCGUGCUGUGGAAGACAAGAACAUUGGGCCAUUGGUAAAGACCAUCAUGACAAGAUGUAUACAGUGUACUCGCUGCAUCAGGUUUGCAAGUGAGAUUGCAGGAGUAGAUGAUUUGGGAACAACAGGCAGAGGAAAUGAUAUGCAAGUUGGCACAUACAUUGAAAAGAUGUUCAUGUCUGAACUGUCUGGGAAUAUCAUUGAUAUCUGCCCUGUAGGUGCCCUAACCUCUAAGCCCUAUGCCUUUACUGCCCGGCCUUGGGAAACAAGAAAGACAGAAUCCAUUGAUGUAAUGGAUGCAGUUGGAAGUAAUAUUGUGGUAAGCACAAGAACUGGAGAAGUGAUGAGGAUUUUGCCACGUAUGCAUGAGGACAUCAAUGAAGAAUGGAUCUCUGAUAAAACCAGAUUUGCCUAUGAUGGGCUAAAACGUCAAAGACUUACCGAGCCGAUGAUCAGAAAUGAAAAAGGGCUUUUAACCUAUACUUCUUGGGAGGAUGCACUCUCUCGUGUAGCUGGAAUGUUGCAGAGUUUUCAAGGCAAAGAUGUGGCAGCAAUUGCAGGUGGCUUGGUGGAUGCUGAAGCCCUAGUAGCUCUCAAAGAUUUGCUUAAUAGAGUGGACUCUGACACCUUAUGCACUGAAGAGGUCUUCCCCACUGCAGGAGCUGGCACAGAUUUGCGUUCCAAUUAUCUUCUUAAUACUACAAUUGCUGGUGUGGAAGAGGCAGAUGUUGUACUUCUGGUUGGUACAAAUCCACGUUUUGAGGCACCACUGUUUAAUGCUAGAAUUCGAAAGAGCUGGCUGCAUAAUGACUUAAAAGUGGCCCUUAUAGGCAGUCCAGUGGACCUCACUUACAGAUAUGACCACCUGGGAGACUCCCCCAAAAUUCUUCAAGACAUUGCUUCGGGAAGUCAUCCAUUUAGCCAGGUCCUAAAGGAAGCUAAAAAACCAAUGGUGGUUUUAGGCAGUUCUGCACUCCAAAGAAAUGAUGGAGCAGCAAUUCUUGCAGCUGUCUCUAGCAUUGCACAAAAGAUUCGGAUGACUAGUGGUGUUACUGGCGAUUGGAAAGUUAUGAAUAUCCUUCAUAGGAUUGCAAGUCAAGUAGCUGCUUUGGACCUUGGCUAUAAACCUGGGGUGGAAGCAAUUCGGAAGAACCCUCCCAAAGUGCUUUUUCUCCUGGGAGCAGAUGGAGGUUGUAUCACACGACAGGAUUUGCCAAAGGAUUGUUUCAUUAUUUAUCAAGGACAUCAUGGUGAUGUUGGGGCUCCCAUAGCUGAUGUUAUUCUCCCAGGAGCUGCUUACACAGAGAAGUCUGCUACAUAUGUCAACACUGAGGGUAGAGCUCAGCAGACGAAGGUAGCAGUGACACCUCCUGGUUUGGCAAGAGAAGACUGGAAAAUUAUAAGAGCACUCUCUGAGAUUGCUGGAAUAACUCUUCCAUAUGAUACUCUGGAUCAAGUAAGGAACAGAUUGGAAGAAGUCUCUCCUAAUCUUGUUCGAUAUGAUGACAUCGAAGGGGCUAAUUACUUCCAGCAAGCAAAUGAGCUCUCAAAGUUAGUGAACCAGCAGAUUCUUGCUGACCCACUUGUUCCACCUCAGCUAACUAUAAAAGACUUCUACAUGACAGAUUCAAUUAGCAGAGCCUCACAGACAAUGGCCAAAUGUGUCAAAGCUGUCACAGAGGGUGCCCAGGCAGUAGAGGAACCAUCCAUAUGCUGAAGCAUCUACUAGGAUCCCAGUUUUGCCGCAGAUAAUUAAUGAACAACUAUAGUGCAGUGAUCCUUUACAGGUUUAUUUCUUUGUAAAAAAAAAAAAAUUCUGAAUCAUGUAAUAUUUAAGGUUAUACUAUGCCUAUUUGAAAAUGAUAUUAUCAACUUUGCAGUUUGAAAAACAUGUAUUGUGUGUAAAGGUUAAAUAAUAAAACUUUAUGCAGAUGCUCUUAAAAGCAUUGAUAACCUUUGUGAUGCAUAUAAAGAAAUCCUUAAAGUAUGAGUUGUUGACUUAUCUUUGUAAAUAAUUUAUGUCUAUAAAAUGGAUGAAAUGAAAAGAGUUCCAGUUAAAGCCCACUUUUUUCUAGUGCUAAAGAAAAGAUUUAAGCACUUUGUCAAGCUGGGUAAAUAGGAAAAAUAUAUAAUCGUGCUCAGACAUGUAUCUGGGAUAAUUAUAAUAAAUAAUAAUAGUAACAAUGGCUAAUGAUAAUUUAGCUUUAUUAUGUGUGCUGAGCACUCUGGUUUUACACAUAUUAUCUUCUUUUGUUCUUGUUAUAACCGUGUGAGAUAGUAAUAUUAUCUUAUUUUUCUGAUGAAGAUUGAAGCCUGGGUAUAUUAAAUAGCUUGCCCAAGGCCAUGCAGCAAAAGUCACUGACUGAAACCUACUUCUUAUUUACUCCAAAGUCUGUUGUUCAUAUCAUUUCCUCUCAUUAAUAUUGAUUCUAUAGGUUGUUACUUCUAAAAAUUAGUAUUGAGUUUAAUGGUGAACACAUUUUUCUAUUUUCUCUUGAAUCUGCUUCUGUAAUGUCAUGGUGAUUUAUGUGGCUUCUUUUUUGUAUAAGUUAUACAUGUAUGCAUGUAUACUUACGAGAUCUCCCUUGGAAUGAGGGAGGUCUCAAGAGACAUAAUUUAGAUUCUCAUUGAUGUUCUGUAUUCAUUAUCCUAACACCAUCUGUAGUGUUAAAUCAACUAAAUUAUUUCAGUAAUAGGAGACAAAACAACCAGCUUUCAUAAUUUUUAAUUGUCAAAACGAAAAGGAAUCAGAAUAAGAAUCAAUGAGAAUUU